AUGGAACAAUUAACAGAAGAACAAGAAAUAGAUGAUGAAGAACAGAUUCAAGAGGAUACAUUGAUAGGUAUGCGACAAUAUGAACAAUUAAGCAGAGAACAAAAAGAAAUUGUUGAUAGUAUUUUAGUAACAACAGCAACUAACAAUCACAGUAAUAAUUGUUUUUAUAUCAAUGGUCCAGGUGGUUCUGAUUCUACAUCGAACAUUAAAGUUCAAUCUAAAGAGGCUGAAAAUUUAAAACUUGUGGAUGUUUUUAUUGUAGACGAAGCUCCUAUGGCACCACAAAAUAUAAGAGCUUUACCAAAAGAAAGAGAAUUUGCACAAUUUUUAUUAAAGUUAGGUAAUGGUUCUUUAAAUGAUCAAUUGGAUAAUAUUCAGAUUCCAGAAAGAUGUAUAGCAAACACUAGCUCAGAUAUAAUAAAGGAAUUGUAUGGGGAUAUUAUAAUACAUAAGCGAUAUAAAACUAUCGCUAAUUAUGUUAUAUUAUCUGCAAGAAAUGCCGAUGUUAAUGAAAUAAAUGAAAAAGUAGUAAGUUUGUUGGAUAAAACAACAGAGAGAGUUUAUACAAGUGUGGAUACCCUUGAAGCCACUGGUGAUAACGAAGAUAUACAUGAAAUAAUUAUGACGGAAUAUCUUAACUCUUUGAACCCAACAUGUCUUCUACCACAUGAAUUACGCUUGAGAAAAUACAGUGUUGUUAUACUUAUUAGAAAUCUUAGUAUCAAUGAAGGUUUAUGCAAUGGUACCAGACUAUUAGUUUUAGAUUUAGAUAGUAACUUAUUACAAUGUGAAAUUUUAACAGGUAAUAAGAUUGGAGAAAUUGUUUUUCUUAAUCUCAUCACUUUGUAUUGUGAAAAUGUAUAUCCAUUUACUUUUAAAAGAAGACAAUUUCCAGUGAAAUUGGCAUUUGCUAUGACUAUAAAUAAAUCGCAAGGGCAGACCUUUGAUAAAAUUGCAAUAGAUCUUCGUAAAGAUGUUUUUAAUCAUGGACAACUGUACGUCGCAUUUUCACGAGUUCGUUCUUGGGAUUCAUUGAAAGUUUAUUUAGGAAAUGAUAAUCUAUCCAACAAAGUAAAAAAUUAUGUUUAUAAAGAAAUACUCGAAUAA